ACCAGAAAAAGGAAAAGACGCGGUUUCCUCGCGCCUUCUGGACGCUGCGGGUGUCGUCAACGGGGGAAGGACCCUUCUUCUGCUGGUUGAUCGUUUGGUUCAGAAGAGAACAAUCAAAGGAGCGCCGUUUGCUUUGUUAAUGGCGUACGUUGAGAAAGGUGUUGUGAAAACUAAGAGAUCGAUAUGGAGAUUGAGCUACAUCAGAGACCUUUUCUUGUCUGUCAUUAAUUUAAUAGUGGUCUUCUUCACUACAAUGUUUUCGAUGGAAAAGUCAGACACCUACAAGAAAAAGUCAGGUUCUGGCAGUAGAUGGGAUGGUGGUCCAGGUGGUGGAGGUUCUGGAAGAGGCCCUUAUGGAGGUGGCCCUCGUGGACGGCCCCGUGGAAUGGAUAACGUCCGAGGCAUUGAUCACAGUUCUCUUCCCGCUUGUGGUUCAUGUUGUGGAGGCUAAAUCAGGAUUGUCAAAGAAAGUGAAAAAUGCGGUUGGUGGCAGGUGCAUUACUUGCGAUAAUAAUGGUAGGUUGUGGUCCUAACGAUGUCAUGGAAAAUAGUCUUCAAUCUUCUUACCUGCUGUAUUUUAGUUAAACCUGAUGUGACCAAGGAGAACUCUGGGUGUUAGGAAGCUGCACUCACUAUUGCUGGUUGAUGUAGUACAAAAUCCAUGAUCGUACUUGUUGGAUUUGCCUUUGAAAUGGUGUUUCAGACGUAUGGAUUAUAUAAAAAGACUUACUCUUCUAUAA